UUAAGGGGGAAAAAAAGACAUUUGGAAAAGAUACAUUGAUAUGAACAACCUUAUAAAGGGUGCAUUAGUAGUUCAAAUGUGAUAUUUAUUUGUAUUUAUUAAAUUAAAUAUAUUGACGGGUAAUUCCAUAUACUUAAUAACAAACUUUCUCAUAUUGAUCCAGCUUACAACACACGGGACCUUCCAAUCACAGCAACCUCCCCCUCCGCUCACUAUGUGUUCCUUUUGUUGUGGUUGCUGCCAAUGGUUUGGCCCACAAAGCUGCUGACUGCGCUGUCAUGGCAACCAGGAAAUACACACCGUUGUCAGUGUGUGUGUGUGUGUGUGUUGGUCGGUGCGGAGAAGAACGUGGCGAGUGCGCGUGCAUCACCAUCAUUACACUGAGGGGGAACUCCAUUAAUUUGUGCUGCUUGAUCAAGCUGCGGCUACCUCAGAGAUGGCCGCCGGCACUGCCGCCACGACGGUGCUGCCCCCGGUGAAGAGCGUGGUGGUGUACAGGAAUGGAGACCCCUUCUUCAUCGGCCGCAGGUUCGUGAUCAACCAGCGACAGGUGUCCACCAUGGAGGCCUUCCUCAACGAGGUGACCCACAACAUCGGGGCCCCGCUGGCCGUGCGGACCCUGUACACGCCCAGGCAGGGUCACAAGGUCGCAGACUUCCACGACCUUCAGACGGGGGCCCAGUACGUCGCUGCGGGCUUUGAGAAGUUCAAGAAACUGGACUACGUAAACACGGGGGUGAAAAAGCAGCCGGCGGUGCGUGACGACGCUCAGGGAAAAGUCAUCCAGAGGCCCAACGUGUCCGCCAAAUGGAGGAAGUUUGUACCAGUGCCGUGUAUAAUACACGUUUUCCGCAACGGAGACCCUCUGUGUCCGCCGUUCCGAUUCAUCAUUCCUCGCAGCAUGCAGAAGGACCUGGAGCAGAUUCUGAGUUUGGUCACCGAGAAGGUCAGCUUACGGACCGGCGCCGUGCGCAGGUUGUGUUCCGUGGAAGGGGUGACGGUGACCUCAGGCGCGGAGCUGGAGACUGGCCGCUGCUACGUUGCCGUGGGAACAGAGAGGUUCAAGAAGCUUCCGUACGUGGAGCUGCUGGUCUCAAAAGCCACCGAGAGGUAUUACCCAGGGAAGAGACGAACGCUGAGGAGAAAUGUGCAAAAGAAGCCAGGAAGCGGUCCAGAAGACCAGUGUAGUGACUCCGCCCUUCUAAACUCCCCUGAGUCAGAUGGGCGGAGGGUGAAGUCGACCGGUGACGAAGCAGCUCCUCAGCAGCAGCAACAACACAUUCGAGAUGGAGAAGACGACGCCUCCAUGUUCUUCACCAAGCCCGCCAGGAGCCGUAAAACAAGAGGUACCCCGAAACCGCCCCUCAGCAAUGGAAACAGUUACACCCAUCGCAGCCUUUUUAAACCGGGAGCACGGAGUAGGAGGGAGGAGGUCAGAGGAGCCGAGGAGGUGCAGGAAGACGAAAAUACAGCCACGGAACUUCCUGUUGAUCAGAGAGUCGCAGAAAUAGUGGAGGAUGAGGAGCUGAACAAUGCAAACGACGUUCUGCACAACACACUAAAAGUUUUGCUGCCUUCCGACCCGGACGAGGCGGAAAAGAUUAUAACACCAGACACAGAAGAGGAGUUUAACACUGAAAAUUUGGUACAGACACACACGUCACAUUGUUAUCAACGACUAAAGCCUAUAACGCUCAUGUCUCCACUCAAGGAGCCUGGGAUCAACAAGAUAACUUUGUCCUCGCCCAACUCUUCCAGAGAAAUUCAGGCAAACAACUUGGAGCAUCAGGAUGAUAAGGAGGGUCCAAAAGACGCUUCAUUAGAUGCAGUAGCAACGAACCACCACCAGGGAGGCGUAAUUAAAGAUGUCACAUCGUCAUAAUAAAUAUUUUUGAUUGUGCUUCAAUUAAACUGUGCUAAUGAGCCAAUUAAUAUCAAUAUAAUAUAUUGUUUUUUUUUCUUUUUUUAAAUUAAAAUGUCAAUAAAAGGUAAAGCAAACACAACAGGAAGUGCAUUCAAAGCGGACAGUAUGACUGAACAAGAAAUUAAAAGUGUUGCAUUUAAUGUG